AUGUUCAAACUCGCCUGCCUUUGCCUCUUUGCUCUGUCGGCAUUUGCGGCUACCGUUGAGGAGGAGGAGAAUGUAAUUGUUCUCACUAAGGAUAACUUCGACGAAGUGAUCAACGGUCAUGAGUUUGUUCUUGCUGAGUUCUACGCUCCCUGGUGCGGUCAUUGCAAGGCUCUUGCCCCUGAGUAUGCCAAGGCCGCUACUCAACUGAAAGAUGAGGGAUCAGCGAUCAAGCUGGCCAAACUCGACGCCACAGUUCACGGUGAUGUUGCCAGCAAAUUCGAGGUCCGAGGAUAUCCCACCUUGAAGUUGUUCCGUAAUGGAAAACCCAGCGAAUACACUGGUGGACGUGAUGCUGCUUCGAUCAUCGCUUGGUUGAAGAAGAAGACUGGACCUGUUGCCAAGACACUCAAGACCGCAGACGAUGUGAAGUCUCUGCAAGAAGAAGCCGAUGUUGUCGUCGUUGCUUACUUCAAGAAUGUUGAAGGAGAAAAGGCGAAGAUCUUCCUGGAGGUCGCUGGAGGAAUUGAUGACAUUCCUUUCGGAAUCACAUCCGACGAUGCUGCCAAGAAGCAGCUUGAACUGAAGGAUGAGGGAAUUGUUUUGCUCAAGAAAUUCGACGAAGGACGCGCCGUUUUUGAUGAGAAACUCACCGCUGAUGCCCUCAAGACUUGGAUCCAAGCUAACCGACUCGCACUCGUCUCUGAAUUUACCCAAGAGACCGCUUCUGUCAUUUUCGGAGGGGAGAUUAAGAGCCACAACUUGCUCUUUGUUUCUAAGGAAUCAAGCGAAUUCGAGAAACUCGAGUCUGAAUUCAAAAACGCUGCAAAGCAGUUCAAGGGCAAGAUCUUGUUUGUCUACAUUAACACCGAUGUCGAGGACAACGCCCGUAUCAUGGAGUUCUUUGGUUUGAAAAAGGAUGACCUGCCCGCUGUACGCCUCAUCUCCCUCGAAGAGGACAUGACUAAAUACAAGCCCGACUUCGCUGAAAUCACCACUGAAAACAUUGCCAAAUUCACUCAGUCAUAUCUCGAUGGAGCUUUGAAGCCUCACCUCAUGUCCGAAGAAAUCCCCGAAGACUGGGACAAGGCACCUGUCAAGGUUCUUGUAGGAAAGAACUUUGAUCAGGUUGCUCGUGACAAUACCAAGAAUGUACUUGUUGAGUUCUAUGCUCCAUGGUGCGGUCACUGCAAGCAACUCGCUCCUACCUGGGAUAAGCUCGGAGAGAAGUACGCUGAUCACGAAAAUAUCGUCAUUGCCAAGAUGGAUGCUACUGCCAACGAGGUUGAGGACGUUAAAGUGCAGUCGUUCCCCACGAUCAAGUUCUUCCCUGCUGGAUCCAACAAAGUUAUUGACUACACUGGUGAUAGAACCCUAGAGGGUUUCACGAAGUUCCUCGAGAGUGGAGGCAAGGAAGGUGCCGGACCAUCAGAAGAUGAAAAGGCUGCUGAAGAAGCUGAAGAGGAGACUCAUACUGAGCUCUAA